CUUUCAUCUGUCCAUGUGUAGAGAGGAGGAGGGAGGACCCGCUGACGGUGCUGCGUGCGCAGCUUCAGUCUGGAGUCGCUACGACGGGACCGCAAUAAAGAGAUAAAUACAAGGCUUAUCUAUUUAUUUUGAGGUAUUACGUGCUCGUAUUCAUCGGUAAUUGAGAGGAGUAGCUGUCUGGAAAGCUGCUAAUGCGCUCGUCCGCUUAAUAGGCACCCAAGGGAUGUUUUAUCACUACAGAUGGAUGAGGGUUGACAGCCAGUCGCAGGCAGGACAUGUGUUAUGUGGAAGUGUCAUGUGGUGAAGAGGAAAGCCAACGCACAGGCUCCCUAGAGGAAUAAUGGAUGAGACUUGUCACUAAUACUUGAUGAAGAUUUGUAUUGACUCUUCUCUAACUGAACUAUGGAGGGUAGCGAUAACGUGUCUGUAACCAUGACACAGUCUCAGACUGAUGUGUACAGCACAGAGGUGGGAAGAAGAGACACCCCCAGUAAAAUGGACGAUGGAGUAAAUCCACCCAUCCCUGCUGAUUCUUGUGGCAGCAGCGGGACAGGACUGAGCAAAGGUGGGCUCUCUAACAUGGUGGAGCCUCCUGCACCAUCCGUGGUGAGUCCCGCUGCUGAAUCACCAGGAGGCGUGGCACUUAAAGUUGCCACAACCGUACUUCACCCGGUGUGCCUGGGAGAGAGCCCGCUGAUGCUGCCCAUUCACCUCCAGAUGGCUGGAGCAGCCGGGCCUCAGCUCAGCCAAAUUGGGGCAGGACCGUACUUGAUAACAGGCCAAAGCCCAGUGUCACUUCCCCUGGUUUUGGAUCAGCAGGUAAUCCAGCACAUGAGUCCCUCUGUGAUUCCUCAGGCUACUAACUGUCCUCAGCUGCCUCUCCAGAACAGUGUCCUGUGUCAGAAUCCGUUGACGUUUGGUAUACCUCCAGCUGUCGAACAGAAGUCAGCAGGACAAACACAGGAUUCUAACCUGCUCUCUCUCCUGCAGAAUCCAGCUUUCACAGCCAUCAUGCAGGAUCUCUUCCCUCCACAGGCAGGUUCAUCAGCCUGUCAGUCACCAGGCUCUACCUUCUUUCCUCUCCCCUCCCUCACGCCUCCCUACACUUCCCCUCUCACCCCGUUAGUCCCUCCUGCCACCCUUCUAGUUCCCUACCCUGUCAUCAUGCCCCUGCCAGUGCCUCUGCCCAUCCCUCUUCCCAUCCCCAUUCCUGUCCCUCAGACCGAGGACUCGAAGGGGAACAUGCCAAAACCAGUUUGCACUGUGAGUAAAAGCACUCAGACGUCUCCAAAAGAUACUACCUCUCCCUUGUUGUCUUCUAGCAGAUGCAUUCCAUCAUUCCAGUCACAAAAUGUGUCCCCAUCCUCACUUCCUCUAGAUGAAGGACAGGCUCUAGACCUUUCUGUCAGAGCAUGUCCGGUUGAACUCAAGCAGGAAUACCCCAUUCCACAACAAGACAGUGUGCUCGACUUGUCAGUGCCAGGCGUGAGGAAAAAGUGUCUUCAGUCAGACAGAGAAAUUGUUUUCCAUUCUAGUCAAGAUUCUAGUGGUACUUCUUUGUCAUUGGGUGUUGAAUGUGCUCAGAGUUUGGAUUCCAAACUCCUGGGCAGUCUGGCUUCACUGGAGUUCAGUAGGCAGCAUAAGUGGGUGGUGGACAGCAGUGCUGGUGGAUCUAGUUCGCAGAGUCAGGAUGCGUCUCUCAGCGGAGCCGGAAACCUUGAGAUAGUGAGCACCUCGCAGACGGCCAAGGUCAUUGUCUCGGUGAAGGACGCUAUUCCUGCCAUCCUCUGUGGAAAAAUAAAAGGCCUUUCAGGAGUCUCCACCAAGAACUUUUCCAUCAAACGGGACAGCAGCCAGGGGGCGUCUCUGCAGCAGCUCUACGCAGUGCCAUCAGUGUCCCGGGGUGAGCAGAGUGACCCCAGCAACCCACUUAAAAAGGUGCCCAAGAACAGAGCUAUCAAACUGAAGAAGGUCAGCUCACAAGAGAUCCAUUUCCUUCCCAUGAAGAAGCAAAGACUUACAGCACUUUUACCCAGGAAGUGAAAGUGCUCGGCGGAGGGGAUUAAUAGCCGGACCACUCUCUGGUAAUCCCUCCAGAGCGUGUAACAUAAAACACAUGUGGGGACAUUCUGUAAUCAAACUCAAACACUUAAGUGUCCAAUCAAAGCCCAGAGUUCGGUCCCAGAUGUUGCAUAAACUGAGGCUCAUGAAUGUCUGACAGUGUGACACAGUAGUUACAGAAAUGGUUUCCAGUGGACUUUUCUGAAUUGCUGUGUUUUAUUGUAAUGCACUACUCUACAGUGUUAUGUUAAACCAGAAAUGUUUGUAUGGCAGCUUAAUGGGCUCUCCAUGUGGCUUUGGAUAUUGUCUUUAUGAAUCGAAGACAUUUUUAGACUUUAUAAUUACACAAAGACACAUGGGUUCCAUUUUUCCAUUUUGGAUCAUGGUUUGUUUCCACUUGUAAUUAUUAUUUUAUUUUUUUUUAUUUAAGUACACUGAAGCCUAAAAAAAACCCCAAAAAACAACCUUGAUAGCUGAGGUUCUUACUGUUCCGAUCAGAGCAGUAUCAUACUGGCAGGACGUGACCAAGACUGUUAAAACAUGUCCCAUUUUUGGAAAUUCCCAUAGUCAUCAGUAGCUCAGUGGAGCAGUUCAUUCUCUUCUGAUUGGCAGGGGUCUAGCAUGAAAUGCUAAUAAUGACUUGGCAAAGUGAGAGGCACAGUUUCAUUAUAAUGUUGGCAACGGCCGUCUGUAGUGUCAAAAUACAUUCUUACUGUGUUUAACAGCAGGGGGAAAAGGGAUGUCUUAAUUGGUUAAUUUGUCUAUUUUGGUCGCUGGUUAAAUUAGCCCUUUUUAAUUCGACAGUGCUUCAAAAUACAAGCCAAAGCUGAGAAAACAAUUAAGAGAAAGGGGAUAAAGCACCAGAACCCACUGCUGUUUCCAUUAACAAACAAAUGAAUUGAAUUUAUGUGUGCUUUUAACCUUGAUUUCACCUGUUAAAUCAACAGAAACUGAAGGGGAGAUAAGCUGAAAGGAACAGCCAGUUUAAAGAAAAAGUAAUAAUGAUCAGUGAGAGAAAAUAGUGCUUGUAUGAUUGUUCAGUGUGUCAUUAGUCUGUUGUUAGAACUAGUAUUGGUGAGCCCCCCCCCCCAUAUUUAUCUAACUUGUCUGUGUUAAACAUUAGCUCCAAGUGGUUUGGUAUCAUUACUGCAUCUGUUAGGAUUAUUCUUCCUUCCUUUCCUUCUUCUUCUUCUUCUUCUUGUGAUCUAAAAGUAUCUGGAUCUCAGAAACUGUAACAGCUGUAGUUCUCAAAUGUUGCAGAUAUGCUGGAAAUGUCACCCACUACUUCAACAAAAAAAAAGACAGUUUGGCAAAAUGGUGGCACUGUAAUAAUGAACAUUUUGGUGUGUAAUUUUUCAAUUGCAAGUUUCAGAAAGAAAUUGUAAGACUUGGAUUCUGUGACAUAAAUUUGCCUGACUGCAAACUGCUGUCAA